ACUUUUUUUUUGACAAAAUGAUGUAAACCUAAGAGAUAGAUAGAUAGAUAAAAUGAUGUGAUGAACUGACAAAACAAAGUGAUUAUUUGAUACUCAUAUUUAUAUUUGAAAUUUUAUUCUAGAUAUACCUUUUGAUUUACAUUGUUUUUAUUCAAAUAGUAUAAUGUCCAAUAACAAUAGUCGCAUUGAAUCACUUCUUUUUGACUACAAAACAUCUAGUCUAAGGGACUACAAUAAUGGUCAGAUUUUACCGAUUACUGCAACUAAAUAUAUUGAUAAAGAAGUUUGCUUGAGAAUACCGCCCGCUCCUCUUAAAUAUAUUCACACUCUGAGUCAUUGGAAACCAGACGGGAGGGUCUCAGUGGAUCUAUUUGUGAGGCCUAAGGAUGUAGUGAGAACGAAUCCUAGGGAUGUGCAGCAAAGAUAUGAGCGCCCGAAAGAUAUUGAACACAAGAACAUAUUAAAGUCUAGGCCCCGCCUCGUGAUGACACCAGCUGUUUGUAUGGACGACAUUCAAUUAGAAAAACGCGAGAAAUUCAUUGAAGACUUCUACUCGACGACAAAAAAUGUAACAAUGAGUGUUCCUCCUUCGAAUAAUAUUAAAGCAUCAUUCCCCGGUACGCCGGCACCAGCGAAUCCGGUAAAAGAAAAUGUUUAUGAACUUUGUACUCAUUUGCGCAACAUAACGAUACAACUAUCAUUUGAAUGUGACGAGAUUCAUAACAAAUACAAUACUACCCGCAUAACGUUAAUAACUAUACCGAAUAUCAGAGCACCGUACGUAUCUCCAGAGUGGAGGAUGGAGUCAGUUUCGUGGGACGGCAGGCAAUUAAGGGCAUUCGCUGAACCGAACAAAGAAUUUUGGCUCGCUAAAACACCUCAUUUUGUAUCGUUCAGAUGUCAAGUGUGCGACGAAACCGCGGCCCGUUUAGCAAACAAGAAAACCCGGAAUCAUGGAAAUUGAAGCUUUAUUUUUAAAACAUUUAAUAUAGAUUCGUCUCGGUGCAGUGUCUAAUAAAUUAAUUACAUCAUCACAA